AUGGAUUUGCCCGCCACUUCGCCCGAAGCUUUUCGCUUCGCCCUCGACAUUUUGGAAUUUGAAAAAAAAGAAAAAGAAAAAAGAAAUGAAGAAGAAAGAAAAAGAGAAAGAGCAGCCACUCAGCAGAAUCGCCUGGUCUCCGACCCAAAGGAAGUCAUCGGCACCGCCGACUAUGGGAAGUUCAGCCGGCUGAGCGAGCAGCUAAAAGCAGAAGAAGCAGCAGAAGAGGAGAGCCGCAGGAGAGAAGCAGAAGCAGCAAGGGCUUUGGCAGCAGGCUGCGGCCACGACCACUCAAAAGAAAGGCAGCUGUAUGAGCGGCCAACACUGGAGAAAAUUGAAGCCGCAGAAAG